AGCCCCUAACCAUUACAUUGAUUUUCUCCUCCCAAUCCAAAGAAUGUCAGUCCAAAAGGUACUCCAAAACCUAAGAACUCUGAAAAAAUGGCAAAUCCCAAAUCCCCAUCUUCACCAUAGAGCAAAAAUUGCAGACACCAUUAUCAAUGCAGUGCUAAACCCCAUAGUCAUUGCACCCUCUACUCUUCUCUCCAACCUCACUCCCAAUUUGAUUUAUCUUAUUUUAUCUGACCCACAUAUCAACACACCUAAAUGCCUCCACUUCUUCAAUUUCCUUUUGCUUAAUCAAUCUUUCAUUACUUUCAAGAUUGGUGUUGAAACCCACUUGACACUUGUUUGUAGGCUUGUCAAAGAAGGAUACUUUGAAUAUGCUGAGACCCUAUUAGUUUUAGUCCCAAAUAUUGAAACUUUCAGGUGCCCUUUUGCUGUUGUAGCUUCUUUCUUUGAGAAGCACAAUGUUCAAUCAAAGUUUGCUUCAAAAAUAUUCAAUUUGCUUCUUAAAGCUUUAUCUGAUAACGCAAAAUUCAACCAGGCUUUGGAGAUUUUCAUGUAUAUGAAACUAAAUGCAAUUGAGAUUAAUGAGAGAACAUGUACUGUUCAUUUGAUUAAUCUUUUGAAGUGUGAUCAGAUCGCGUUAGCGCUGGUAUUCUUUUAUCAAAUGGUUGAAUCAGGUAUUCAGGUUUCAGUAUUUUCGUUGACGGUAGUGGUAGAUGGAUUGUGUAGGAGAGGGGAGAUAAAGAAGGCUGGAGAAUUGGUGAAGGAAAUGUUAUCUAAAGGGGUGAAGCCUAAUAUUAUUACAUGUAAUACCUUGGUGGAUGCUUGUGCUAGGAGAUGGAAUUUCGAAGAAAUGAACUACACUUUGGCCUUGAUGAAAAGGGAACGAGUUGACUUAAAUGUUGAGACUUACAAAUUUUUGGUGGAUGGAUUUUUGAGUAGUGGGAAGAUUGAUGAUGCCGAGAGAUUGAUUUUGGAAAUGUAUGUCAAGGGUUUUAAAGUGGAUAUCCAUUUGUAUAAUUUGAUGAUUAAGGGAUAUUGCAGGCUAGGGAAUAUGGAAAGGGCACUUUCAUUGUUCAGGCAGAUGAUUGAGAAAGUCAUCUGCCCUAAUGGUGAUACAUAUUCAGUUUUGGUAAAAGGUCUUUGUGAUAAAGGACAGGUAAGUGCAGCGAAAGAGCUCGUAGAUAAAAUGCUGGGUCAGGGAGUUGAGUUGGAUGGAAGUAUGUUGGACAUCUUAAUUUACUGUUACUUCAAGGCUGGAAUGAUAGAGGAAGCUGUUAGCGUACUUAGAUUGAUGGAGAAGAGAGAAUUGAUUGUUGAUACAUCUAUGUAUGAGCUGAUAAUUGAUGGAUUACUCAAGUUAGAUCGGACUGAAGAGGCAAUAUCUUGGUUAACACCUUUAAUCAAAAGGGGUGUAUCUAGGCAGAAGUUAGCUACUAUUCCACUGGUCGAUAAUUUAAGAAUUUCAGUUUCUGAAAAGUUGGUUCACAAACGCAAAGAAAAUGAGAACAACUUUAAAACAACCUUUUACUCUGAUACUAUUAGUUUACGGCACGAGGAUGCACAUUCUGCUGAAAUGACUAAUGUUUCAGCAGUAAUAAAUGAGUAUAUAAAGUGAAAUGCUGCUUACUUGUUUUUCUGAGAAGGAGGACACUGCAUCCUAACUGAAAAGAACCCAUGAUGAUGUGGCACUGAAGGAAAUUUUUGAGGACGUUGGUUGCCUUGUGUGUCAAGGGGUGCGGGUUUUGUCCUGAUAGUGCUAGAUUUUUGGACGAGAAAACAGGCUGGAAAUGAUGUGGGUUGUCAAUUAUCACCUUGGGAGUUAUUUUCCUUCAUCAACCAUAUACAGAGAAGCUUUCAUUUCCUUGAUGCAAGACUGAAUAAAUUUUAGUUCUUCUUAAAUGGAGAUUUGGAUGGGAAAAAACAGUCAUAUUUUUUAACAAGACGACACAAUACGAAGGGCUACAACGCGGGAUAUACCAUGCUCAAAAUGUGUCAAAAAUUCAGUUGUGUAUGUUCCAAUUUGUUUAGUGUAUCUGACAGACUGCCAAUGUGUUUUGAAAAAGCCUGAUUAUACCUAGUUCAGAUAUGAUGGAUUCUUCGUUAUCUAUGGAAAAGUUUGUUUGGGAAUCAAGGGAAGACAACGAAAAGUAAAACGGAGAGGAGGAAGUGAAGGAUAAAGAACUCUACUUUUUUGUUCAGAGAAAUGAGGAAACCAUAUGCUUGCCCGUUGUCUCUUCACAUUCACUACUUGUGCAUUGAAGGUAUCAGGUGAAAUUGAAGCUGAGUGUGCUCCAAUUUGCGCUAAGUCUGUUUUUAAGAAAAUGUUGUCAUACUGCAACUCUGUGCCCAAAGCCUUGAGGCUAUCCCUGAUGCUCCCACUGCCCUUUCAUAGGGACUUUCUGAAGGAAGUUGGAUUACUAUGCCAGAGAGUUUGAACAAUGGUUUCACUAGAUUGGUUUCAUUGGUGCAGUUAACUAUUAUCGAGCUAUAUCCAUGCUCUCCAAAGUUGUUGCCACACUUGUGUCGGAUUCUCCAAAAUGCACAAUUUUUGGACGAUAAUGGAUCUUACAAGCAUACAGAAACAUUUCUAAUGAGUUUGAGCAACGUAGUCUAUGUUAUUAGUUGCUUUUAAACUGUCUUGAUCAAAUUCUUCAUACAUGGAAGCUAGCAGGGAUUAGUCCCGAACUCUUUAAGUCCUAUUUAGUAAAGAAAAUGACAUCUUUAGGAUUUGAUGUUUUGAGUUGCCCAAGAUUUACAUAUAUCCUAAAGUCGUGUCUGAUGAAAUGUAGAAACUGGGAACUCAAAGCACCAUGACAAUAGACUCAAGUUAAUGCUUUGACCAAGUUUGUCAUCAGGGAAUUCGAUUUGAUUUAUCAUCUGCAACAUCUUGUGCAAGCAGUGUCCGUUGUCAUAAUUUUGCUUGCAAGUAAGUUUGAAUUUGGAACAUUGUGACAAUGUGGCUUUAUUUAUUUCAUCACAAAUUGGGUUCCUAAUCUGAUUUAAUGGCAGAUUAGUGAUGACUUGUUAGAAUAUUUAUGUUAUUUACAAAUUAUUUGACAAAAUAAUUAGGCUUGUAAGUUUCUGAUUUGUGCUAUGUAUGUUGUAAGUUGGUUUAAUUUGAAUUGUUUUGAUGCUAAAGAUUUUAA